AUGGCCGAUGUAACUCGUACGUUGGGCGAUGCCCUGCCACAGAUGCUGGUGUGUUUGGAUCUUCCAGCGUUGGGCUCUGCCUCGAUAGUUUGUCGUGGUUGGGCUGAGUCGUCAGAGGCUUGCUGGCGCCAGGUAUUCUCCUACCGAUGGCUAGGAUCUUUGUUUGAACUCCGGCAAGUGCAUGCUUCCUGGAGGGCUUCUUGCAGUUCACGUGCUCAAGCCCGCCGCGUUGAUCUUCGGGUCGUUUCCAGCGUCUGGCAUCUCAUUGGUACGGUCCGUGAUAACAAAGGGGAAAUGGCAACCGAAGCAGAUUGCAAUUUCUCCAGUGGCAGCCUGGCCAUGCAGGGACAGGCGGUGCAUCGAAGACAGGAUUCGGGCGGCCAUCGCACCAUCCUUCACGGCGUAUGGCAGGGAAACCUUUGUGCAGACAUCGUGGCGCUUGGUGGCAAGCGAAAGUGGUGCCUGGCAUGGAAAGAAAAAAUUGCAGAGGUGCCUGGUGCAUAUCACUAUGCUGGUCAGCUAGACGAGCUUCCUGAUGGACGUGCAGUCCUUCGAGGUGAGUUCCGAUGGCUUGGCCGGGUGCGUGGCACGUUCGACUACAUAAUGGAGCGCAUGGAAGCGGUGCAAUUCGAAGAAAAACUGUUGCUUCGCCCGCGCCGUGAAUGCGGAGACUAG